AUGGAAUCGAAUGGCACAGAGAGAGACGCUGGGAAAUUCACGAGCUCGAAAGGUGUCUCUGUACAGGACGGACCGAAAGAUAAAUCAAAACCAUCCAUGAAGUUUAUUCGUAUCUCUCAUGACACUGAUCCAGAGAAGGUUCUUCGCCUCUUGAGAGAAGAAUGGAGACUAGAUUUGCCCAAACUGCUCAUCUCUGUCACCGGCGGUGCUAAAAACUUUGUUCUGCAUUCCAAGUUAAAGCACGUGUUACGGCAAGGAUUACUGAAGGCAGCUCAGACCACAGGUGCAUGGAUCAUCACAGGCGGGACUAACACUGGCGUGAUGCGUCACGUUGGGGAAGCAGUAAAAGGUCACACAGUCAUGUCACGAGGAACACAGCUUUCGAAAGACAAAACAUCUCAGCUUCAUCUUAUAGGCAUUGCUACCUGGGGAAUUGUGAAUCACAGAGAGGAUUUGAUCGACAGCCAG